AGCAGUAUAGUACUAUAGUAGUAUAGUGUCGCUUCUAUAGGUUCUAUUCUACUGUUCUAUGACCAUACCCGUGUCACAGUUAUUCUUUUCUAUGGUCCUCAUUUCUCAGAACAGUCAUGACAAAAUAGUAUCUCAGGUAGUCAGGUUAUACUAAUAUUUAAAUUUUUCCUAUUGCUAUUAACUUGGGCCUACAGAUAAUAAGUGUAUAACCGUAUAAAUUAUUAGUAUUUAUUGCUUUUGUUCACUAAUUAUCAAUUAUUGUCAAUUAUCGGACUGAGAAGCAACUAAGUACUAUAUGUAUAGUGACCACGACUGUGGUUUGAGUUUGUGAGAAUCGCAUAUAGUUUACACACAACUGAAGUAAACACAAGAUACUAGAAAGUUAAUGCUUUGAUAAUGGAAUCAUUAUAUAGUUUACCUUUUAAAGUUCUUGAAGUCCCAAAUCUGCGUUUAAAACGACCGUCAUGGUUAAAGAAACCAUCUGCCAUGUUCAUGUAUGUGAUUGUAACGAUUUCAUACUUUUUAGUGACUGGAGGKAUCAUAUAUGAUGUCAUCAUAGAACCACCUAGUGUAGGUUCGACUACAGAUGAAAAAGGACAUUCAAAACCAGUGGCAUUUAUGCCUUACAGAGUUAAUGGACAGUAUAUCAUGGAAGGUUUAGCAUCAAGUUUUCUAUUCAACAUUGGGGGUUUGGGAUUUGUUAUAUUGGAUUUAACCAAUAAUAAAUCAACUCCAAAAUUGAAUCGCACACUUCUGACUGGUGUUGGAUUUGCAUGCAUCAUUGUAUCAUAUUUCACAUGUUGGACGUUUAUGAGAAUGAAGCUCCCGGGAUACUUGAAGUCAUAAGAAAUAAAUACCAUUG